AUGUGUGUACUCGCCCCAUCCUAUCUUAGGUAUGGCGUUUAUACCAAAUCUGAUGCAUUCCCUCUGUUGCUCAGACCUCUGAACAAGUUCUGGGUUCCGACGCCAAUAAACACAUUUGCCGUUCUGCUGCAGAGUUUUCCUGGGAAGGAGGAUUGCUACACCCAGCUCUAUUCCCACAUCUUUGAGAAUGGAACUGAAGGUGCGACAGUGCCCUGCACAAAACUGGCGAAGAGGUAUGCCUUCGUUGAACACGUCCCCCUGCACGUCAGCGUCCAGAGCAAGAAGGGUAGCCAGACAGAUUUGGAUUAG